GCCCUGAGCGUCCCGCCCCGCGACGCUACCUGCGUGCGCGCGCCCCACAGCAGCCCGCCCUUCUUAUACCACCGCGUCGAGGACGGGCGCGGCGACUGGUGUGGGGACGAGGGGCGACAUGGCGGCCGCAGUGCUGUUGGCGCUCGGCCUCGUGCUGCUGGACGUCCAGGGCGCCUCCGCGGCCGCUGGCUUCCUCAUAGCCCCGCUGUCCCAGGAGGGGCGGGCGGGGGGCAGCAUCCAGCUGCAUUGCGAGGCAGUUGGCCGCCCUGUCCCCGAGAUCCAGUGGUGGUUUGAAGGGAACCGGCCUGGCGACCCCUGCUCCCAGCUCUGGGACGGCGCCCGGCAGGACCGUGUCCACAUCCACGCCACCUACCGCCAGCAUGCGGCCAGCACCAUGUCCAUCGAGGGGCUCACCACCGAGGAUGCGGGCACCUAUGAGUGCCGCGCCAGCAACGACCCUGACCGCAACCACCUGACCCGGGUGCCCAGGGUCAAAUGGGUCCAUGCCCAGGCGAGCGUGGUGGUCCUUGAACCGGGCACCAUCGUGACCACUGUGGACGACAUUGGCUCCUAUGUGCACAUGGCUUGCAUCAUGAACCACAGCGACAUCGCUGUCACUGGGCACCAGUGGCUGAAGGAUGGCAAGGUGCUGAAGGAGGACGCACUGCCUGACCUGUACACUGAGUACCAGGUGACCAAGAACAGCACGGGCAAGUACUCCUGCGUCUUCCUGCCUGAGUCCCUGGGCAGGGCCGAGAUCCCAGUGAGUGCCUCAGGGCCCCCCCGGAUCAAGGCCACCAAGAAGUCUGAGCACGCCAGUGAGGGCGAGACGGUGAAGCUGACCUGCAAGUCUGACCCUGACACGCCCAUCGACACCUGGGUCUGGUACAAGGAGGUUAACUCCCAGCAACAGGUCAUCACCAACAGCUCCGAGGGCAGGUUCUUUGUGAUCUCCUCGGAGGCCAGGUCGGAGCUGCACAUCAAGAACCUGGACAUGACCUUAGACCCCGGCACCUACAUCUGCAAUGGCACCAACUCUGAGGGCACCGGCCAGGAUAGCAUCCAGCUGCGUGUGCGCAGCCACCUGGCGGCACUCUGGCCCUUCCUGGGCAUUGUGGCCGAGGUGCUGGUGCUGGUCACCAUCAUCUUCAUCUAUGAGAAGCGUCGGAAGCCAGAUGAGCCCCUGGACGAUGAGGAUGCAGGAUCCGCGCCUCUGAAGGGCAGCACGCCCCACGUGAAUGAUAAAGACAAGAACGUCCGCCAGAGGAACGCUACCUGAGCAGCGCGGUAGCCCGGGCCCUGUCCCCGCCUCCCGCAGGAGUCCUCCCCUGCCGUCAGCGCCAGGCCCGCUCACCUCAGAAAGCCCAUGCAGCCACAGCAAAUCCGCUGUAGAUCUCCGUGUUUGAUUUUUUAAAUCUUAACUCAAGUAGGGUUUUCUACAUAGACAACUCUGUUCCUUAGGUUUUGUUUUUUCUCCUUUUUAAGCCCACGUGAGUGCCAGGGAGUCGACAUGUCCCCCAGAGGCCCCUCAGGCCCCCCAGGUCCCUAGCCACCUAGGCUCAGGAGGGUGUGCAGACCACACCGCCUGCCUGUCUGAAGCCAGCACUGUCUCUUAUCCCCCAUUUUCACUGUUCUUUCCUGAAGGUCACAGGUCUAUUGUGACCUUUUGGUGGAGAGGACCCUAGUUCCCUCCUGAUGUCCAGGUGUCAGGGUCUGGGCCUCCAGAGCUACCUGCUGUGCCAGGGACAACAGUGUCUUCUCUACAGUGUCCGGCACACAGGGACCCCCACCCCCACCCCCACCCCGCACAAUAAAGACUGAGCCCACCUA